AUGAUCGAAUCGAACGAGACUAGAUCUUCGAAACAGUCACUUUCAACUAGCAAAAAUUCACAAAUAAGCUCAUCUCCCAAGGAAUCUCUGUCAACAAAUAAUGAGAAACUAUGGAGAAAAAAGUUGCCACUGAAGUUGUUAAUGAAAUCAAGAAAGAAAAGGACUUCCAUUAGCAGUAAUUCCGAUAUAUCUUCUCCCUCAUCCCCAAAAGCUUUAUCGGACUCUACACCUGUGUCAAGGACAAAAGGUGAAUCUAAAUCGAAAGGUACCUUCGAUUCUGCCACUAAAAAGGUUAAUAAAAGGUUAUCUGCUCAACGAGUUACAUUAUUUAAAUAUAGUAACGUUCAAGUAUUAAACUGGUCUCACUCAGAUCAUGAUAUCAGAAGAAUAUCUACAUCAUCGAGCACUUCCACAUUAGUUAACACAGACAAUACAAAUGGGUCAUCACCAUGUAGUCAUUCUUCUGCAAUGAGAACUUCGAAAUUAAUUGUUAAUGGUCCAAUAGAGCUAUAUCAGAUUAAAACUCCAAAUGCAACUACUAAUGGAUUUUCUCAGAUUAUGAAUUAUUUAUCCCUUGGGAAGCAUGGAAUUAUAAUUCAUCCUAUAUUACCAAAACUUCAAAUUAUUCAAUUGGAUAAUGCUACUAAGGAUUUUGUAGUUUUGUUAUUUAAUCCCAAAAGAUACUGGAAAAUUGAAUUUUUAAAAAAAUCACCUAACCAAAGUACUGAAGAAUUAGCUGAGAUAAUUUUUGAUUUUGAAAAAACAGUAUCAAAAAUUUGCAGAUUUUCUAAAGAGGGUGAGACUUUUUCUGAAGAAUUUGAAGAGAUUAGAAGAAUACUUCAGCCUCAGCCUAUUUCAGAAGUUACUAGUGAUUCAAUUUCUAUAAAUGAGAUAGAUAAAUUAGAUUAUUUAUUAAUUUCUCAAGAUGUAAGUCAUGAUAAUGGCACUGCUUUCUCAGAUGAAGAUGAUGCUGUUAUCUCAGGGAACUUAGUAAACUCUGAAGUGAUUACUUCAAUCCCUUCAAUUCCUUUACCUUACUCAGAAAUUGAUCCAUCUAAUAUUCCUAUCAAUAAUGCCUUUAAAUUGGCUUUAAGGCAAACUUCUUUACUUAAUACUCAUCAGCGACGCAAAUCAUUAUCUAGCAUCUUUGAAUGUAAUUCUAGUGUAGAUAAGCUAGCAAAGCGAUUAAGUAUCUAUAGCAUUAAUGAUGUAUGA